UUCUUCCUUGGUGAUGAAGUGGAUUAAUGAUGUGAAUUUCUCACUUUUUUUCGGAUCACCUUAGGGGAUUAGGAUUUAACGAAACUCGUAUCAAAGGCAAUUCCGAAAACCCUUAUGUUGUUUCAUGUAAUUUAGUGUGCCAUAUGUUGCCUUGUCUUGAUCUCUAGUGUGUGUUUAGGGAGACGAUGCAAAAAGUUGUGGUGUUGACAGGAGCAGGGAUAUCAGCGGAAUCAGGCACUCCAAAUUUCCGUGGAGAAGGUGGUCUGUGGAGCAACUUCGAUGCUACAGAACUUGCUACCCCGGGUGCUUUUGCAGAAAAUCCCUCCCUAGUAUGGGAGUUUUAUCAUUAUCGUAGGACUAUCGUUGCUGUAGCUGCACGUAAUGCAGGCCACUACGCUGUAGCUGCAUUGCAGAGGAGAUGCAGACGCCAAGGGAAAGACUUCAUUCUCCUCACUCAGGACACUAUGGCUCUCCCUCCUCACUACACUUCCACAGGAUUCAAAGCUACGGGACACAGAUUAACAACUGCUCUCGCAAACCCACAACUCUGCAACAAGUUCGGCAAUCUGGAGGCACCACUGAAUUGGGGUCGAGAAACAUGUAGCAAGGAAACUGAUACUCGAGGUGCUGCGGAUUCGUUCAAUGACAAAAGGAAGAAGUCGUAGACACUAGGAAGCAAACAGUGAGAGAGGGAGGGACCUAGAAGGUUGUUGGGAAGUCCAUGGUAAGGUGAAGAAGCUUGCUUGCUGAUAUAUGUAAUUUUCUCUCACAAAUUCAGAGUUCUUAUGACAUA